AUGAUCUUGGGUACAGGUACCAUACCUUGUCUCCCGGUCGUAGAUUCUAAAUCAGCGUCAUUAAAAGUAAAUAAAAAAAAUCUCUUGUUAAAUGUACCGCCAACUUUGACUGUUCGCCCGGGUAGGCUAACGACAUUAACUGGCUCUGGAGCAACGGCCUUCUCGUGGUGGAGCCGAUUGGAUAUUCUGACAUCAAUAUCACGGGUUUUUUCGCCUUCGGAGCAGACUAUACCGGCCAGCCUGCUCCGCUGUCUGCUAUUAAGAGCCGGCAUUGAAUCGAAUCCUGGGCCACCAAAGAUCUGGAUCUGCCCGAUUUGCAACAUGAAGAUCAACAAAACACAAUACUCUGCCCGUUGCAGAUCCUGCUGCAACUGGUGCUAUCUUCAUGAUUGUUCCUCCGACUUUGGCGGUUUUUUCAUCUGUAAAAACUGCCCUUCCCCCAACCCCCGUUCGAGCAGCUCGGCGGCCUCUGCUAUGUCUAUGAGACACUCUCAAACCAGUUCAACCUCUAAAACUGAGAGGAUAAUAUCUCAUCCCGCCUAUCAAAACACCACUGGGUUCGUGGCUCAUUCCCCCGGUCAACUGACAUUCCUCCAAUGGAACUGCAAUGGUACCAAAAACAAGAAGGACAAACUCCAACAGCACCUUGAAACACACAAAAUACACAUUGCAGCACUCCAAGAAACCAAACUCACCUCCCGUUCCAAAGAGCCAGAAUUCGAUGGCUACUCUCUAUACCGCAAAGACCGUGGUCUUGGACAGGGCGGUGGUCUGAAUCCCAAGCCAUAA